AUGCUUAUUCUUUCUUUCUUACUUUCUUUCCUUCUUUCUUUUUUCACAUACAAAAGGAAAUCUAUUUUCACAUUUUCUUUUAUCAAUUUUCUUGUUUCUUUCUUUCUUUUUCUUUCUUUCGUUCUUUCUUUCUUUUUCUUUUUCAAUCAUUCUUUCGUUCUAUCUUUCAAUCGUUUGUUCUUUCAAUCGUUCUUUCUUUCGUUCUUUCUUUCUUCCUUUCAAUCAUUCUUUCUUUAUUUCUUUCUUCCUUUCAAUCAUUCUUUCUUUAUUUAUUUAUUUAUUUCUUCCUUUCAAUCAUUCUUUCUUUCUUUAUUUAUUUCUUUCUUCCUUUCAAUCAUUCUUUCUUUCUUUCUUUAUUUCUUUCUUCCUUUCAAUCAUUCUUUCUUUCUUUCUUUCUUUCUUUCUUUCUUUCUUUCUUUCUUCCUUUCAAUCAUUUUUUCUUUCUUUCUUUCUUUCUUUCUUUCUUUCUUUCUUUCUUUCUUCCUUUCAAUCAUUUUUUCUUUCUUUCUUUCUUUCUUUCUUUCUUCCUUUCAAUCAUUCUUUCUUUCUUUCUUUUCUUUUUUCUUUCUUCCUUUCAAUUUUUUUCUUUCUUUCUUUAUUUCUUUCUUCCUUUCAAUCAUUCUUUCUUUCUUUCUUUCUUUAUUUCUUUCUUCCUUUCAAUCAUUCUUUCUUUCUUUCUUUAUUUCUUUCUUCCUUUCAAUCAUUCUUUCUUUCUUUCUUUAUUUCUUUCUUCCUUUCAAUCAUUCUUUCUUUCUUUCUUUAUUUCUUUCUUCCUUUCAAUCAUUCUUUAUUUAUUUAUUUAUUUAUUUAUUUAUUUCUUUUUUUCUUUCUUUCUUUCUUUCUUUGGCUUUACCCUUUUUACUCACUUUUAUUUGCUUUCUUUCCUUUUUUCUUUCUUUCCUCACUUUCUUUCUUUCUUUCUUUCUUAAUCUAUUAUCAGUUGAUAUAUAUAUAUCUAUCUAUCUAUCUAUCUAUCUAUCUAUCUAUCUAUCUCAUUCUGUUUCUAUCUCAUUCUCUUCGUAUCUAUCUAUCUAUCUAUCUCAUUCUGUUCCUAUCUAUCUCAUUCUCUUCGUAUCUAUCUAUCUAUCUAUCUAUCUAUCUAUCUAUCUAUCUAUCUAUCUCAUUCCGUUCCUAUCUAUCUCAUUCUCUUCGUAUCUAUCUAUCUAUCUAUCUAUCUAUCUAUCUAUCUAUCUAUCUAUCUAUCUCAUUCUGUUCCUAUCUAUCUCAUUCUCUUCCUAUCUAUCUAUCUAUCUAUCUAUCUAUCUAUCUAUCUAUCUAUCAAUCGCUUUGCCUCUUUCUAUCUAUCUCUCUAUCUGA